AUGGCGCCCACACACGUACUGAGAUGCUGUCAACGGGGUUUAGCAUGGAUACCUGUGAUUUUUAUCGCCCUAGUCGUCUGCUGGUCGUAUUAUGCUUAUGUGGUGGAGCUUUGUUUAUUCACCAUCCCCGAUGUAGGAGAGAAAAUUGUCUACCUGCUCUUCUUCCACCUCUCUUUCAUCAUGUUUGUAUGGUCUUACUGGAAGACCAUCUUCACCAGGCCGGCCAACCCUUCCAAAGAGUUCUGCCUGCCCAAGGCUGAGAAGGAGCGUUAUGAGAAGGAAGAAAGGCCAGAGUCCCAGCAAGAGAUCCUGUGGAGAGCUGCCACCAGUCUGCCUCUGUAUACCCGCACAGGAGCCGGAGCAAUCCGUUACUGUGACCGCUGUCAAGUCAUCAAGCCAGACCGCUGUCAUCACUGCUCCGCGUGUGACAUGUGCGUGCUAAAGAUGGACCACCAUUGUCCCUGGGUGAACAACUGUGUGGGAUUCUCCAACUACAAGUUUUUCAUCCUUUUCCUGGCUUACUCGUUGGUGUACUGUUUGUUCAUUGCAGCAACAGUGCUGCAAUAUUUCAUAAAGUUCUGGACACUUUGCCGGAGGAAAUCGGCAGAGAACUGCCCAAAGAAUGAGCUGCCAGACAAUCACGCCAAAUUCCAUGUUUUGUUUCUUUUUUUUGUGGCGGCCAUGUUCUGCAUCAGUAUUCUGUCUCUCUUCAGCUACCACCUGUGGCUUGUGGGGAAGAACAGGUCCACUAUAGAGGCCUUCAGAGCACCAGUCUUUAGGACAGGCUCUGAUAAGAACGGCUUCUCUCUGGGUUUCCGGAAGAAUAUUGCUCAGGUCUUUGGAGACCAGAAGAAGUACUGGCUUGUACCAGUCUUUACCAGCCAGGGAGAUGGUCUGACGUUCCCUACACGACUGGUCAAUGCUGAUGCAGAGCAGGCCACAGUGACCCUGCAUCCAGAGCCCAAUAAAAGUGCUGCUGAGGUCCCUGUGAGCCCGCUCAGCGAGUCACAGAAUCGCCUCCUGAGCAACAACCAGCAUGCCAACAACAUCGACGACCAUCUGGCCAAUAACACUCUCAAAUCAGCUGAAAGUGAAACCAUUACAAUCUCCAUGGAGAGCGAGUCCUAACCAGGUAAACGAGAAACUCCUCAGUCAUCUAAUAUGAUGCCUUAAGCAACACAGAAGUUUAGUUUGUCACCAUGGCAACAGUCUCCCAGUGUAACCCCAUCCCUACAGACCCAUUUAGAGUAACUAUGGAAAUGCCUUCCUUUCGCCCAUCACAGCCCAGUAAUGCAUUGGUAUAUUUCGCAUGCAGUGUCGUAAGCAAAUCUCACACCUACCCCAUAGGACAUAUGAUACAAGCUUGUUCCCUCUAACAUCAACACACGUGCACACGUGCAUACGUGCAUACAUGCUAACUGUCACACAUUCAGCUAUAUUCGUAUUUCCUUGUGUUCAGUUUUCUUUUUCUGACAACUGGAGCAUUUACUGAUGAUGAGAAUAUUCAAGAAUCCUGGAGGGAAUCGGAGCUGCUUUUGGUGUUUUAAUGAGAGAACUUUUUUUGUGCCAAAAGCUUCCUGGGUGCACCGGGACACAUUUUAUAGGCACAAAGCUGCAGUGAAGAGUGGUGGACAAGCUGUGUUUUUAAUUUGAACAUUUCUUUAGUGUUUUUAAAAAGGCAGUACAUCCUGUGGAGAUGGAUCAGUUUACCCAAGUGACAGUUUUUUGUUUUUUGUUUUCCAACUCAAAAUGUUGGAGCGUAUGUAUGUUCCACACCUUUUAAGAUGGAUGUUUCCCCACCAAAACCUGGACUACAUUACAGGGGACUCUGGCAUAGUUCAGCGGAUUGAACCAGUGCACAACAGGGACGAUCUGGAUAUCUGGGUUUUGGAUGGUGUUUUGGAUAUCAGAGCACAAGAUGGCGCAUUUGCACUUUGUAGAUUUAUCAAUGUCCAUCAAACAAUGUGCUGCUUUUUUUUUUAUCAUGUCCAAAAAGCAUCCCAGGUAUAACAGAUGUUGGAUGAUCAUGUGUUUUAUGGUGUAUUUGUGUGUGUGUGUAUGUGUGUGUGUGUGUGUGUGUGUGUGUGUGUGCGCGUGCGGGAAUGUGUGUGUAACAGUUGAAGUGGCAGUCAAUUUUUCUUUCUUUUUUCUUAGUAACCGAAACUAAAAGAAUCAGCUUUAUGUGUUUUUGUGGCCAACUUGUGUUACAACAUGCUGCUUAUAUACAGACGGUUUGAUCUGGGAGAUGCAUUUCACAUAGUGCAAUGUGCAGUGUUCUUCACUACCUGCUCUUCUAGAGUCAGUUAAUUAUGUCAUGUGAUGAUCAGUGAUUCUUAGCCCAAAAUGUCUACAGCCUGUUUUUUCUACAACUCAGUGCUUAAACCUUUACUAAGACACCAACACUCAUUGCCAAAUAAGGGCUGACCUGUCAGGAGCUCUGACCUCUGAAGUGUUUACAACAUCCUAGCUUUAUCUUAACCUCACUGGCCAAUGUCAUGAUAACCAAAUUCUAUUUACCAGUCGUUGUGGCGCAAUAUUUUAUACAAGGUGUAUCUAUCCCUCCUGCCUACAGUGGGUCAUGAUGUCCUUGCAAUACCAGUGCUGGCCGGCAGGUGGCGACAAGGCUCCUGUUAUCUGCCCUCAUUCAGAUGAAGUUUUCUGUACUUUAUAAACAUCUGGCUCAGGGCUCAAUUCACUUUCCAUCUAAUUUGCAGGUGCAGCUUUCUUCAAAAUAAAAUGUUUUCAUAACACAAUGAAUAUCCAUUAUAUUCCUGUAAUAACUCAUCCAGAUUUAAUUUGAAAUGAAAGUGAAUUGAACCCAACUGAUCUACUGUAAAAUAGAGGUGUGAACUACAGCUUCUGAUUACCUUGUCUUCUCUGUGUGUUAUUUGGAAUCAGCUCAGUGUUGUGACCUUGAACUGGUUAAAGGAGGCUUGGCUUGUGUAAAACGGUGAAUUAUCUUAUGUCAGUGUUAAACACCUGGGAUCUGUCAGGCAAGAAUUUUUUACAUACCAGAAAAAUUAUUAGACUGCAUUAUCCAUGCAUAUCACAUCAUGUAAAGAAUAGACUAUUGUGUCAGGACAACCAAAAAGCAGUUUUUUUCACAAUGAGCUAAAUCCUUUUCCAAGGAUUUUUUUUGUCAUUUAUAUGCAACUUUCCAACUCACUGGAGAGAGACACAGCAAAUUCCUGAUGUCAGUCAUUGCUCACGUCUAUCUGAUCACAUCCAUAACUGUAGCUGGGCGAGUCUCCUGCCAUCUAGAUCCCAUCAGACUCUGGUAAUGUUGAAGUUUACAGCUGUUUCUAUCGUGUAGAUUGAAUUAGUGGUGUUGUACGGUGUGUUUCUUGGUGAUCGUUGUCACAGUCGUGUUGAAUGUACCACAGACAGGACAGUGAAGGUAUUUGGUCAAAUGAUGGAGUAUUAAGAGAAGCUCGCUCUUCAGACUUUACGUUUACAUUUUUAUCCUUCCAAUCAUGUUUGAUCGAUUGAGCCCAAGUGUAUUUAUAAGUACUCUUUACAAACAGGGGAUUGGAGGAUAUUUGUUACUGUAUGGAUUAUACUGUCAUGGUGGCUAAGUAUAUCAGAAUCACACUGUUGUUUGAUCUCAAAUUAGCAGAUGUAAUUACUGUCAGAGGUCACGAUCCAAGCCAAGGUUAUGUUUCGAUUCAUGUGUAGAUGUUUUCUAAAUCUCACACUUAAACAUUUAGUUAAAGAAAAAGACAAAAAAUUUCAAUUCUGCAUCAUUUAGGAGCCUGGCUCAUUCCACCCAUCACUUAUGACCACUGAUUCUGAAACAUUGGACCUGUCAUCUUGUUCUUUUACAAAUUGCCUAUAUUCUAUCUCUGGGCUGUUUGGCCUUGAGACUAAAGUGCGUGUGUGUAUUUUGUAAUGCUUAAUUGAGUGUUCUUUUGUAAUAUUGUUGUCUUGGGAGAAAUGCUUCUGUGCAGCCAUGAGAUUUUUACCUGUCUGUGUACAUAACAUAACUGUCUGACUAAUGCUCAAAAGCAUGGCGCCUAACUUCUGUAAA